UUUUUUUUUUCGCUGUGAUUCCAUUGCCAAUCUCCCUUCAUUGUGAUUGAACCAAUCUGCGGCCCCCUCUCCCGUGAUCUCCAUUUCCACUCCGACUCGCAUUCAACACGCCCGCAUCCAUGUCUGACGUGUCAUCCCCGCGUCCCGGGAAGGCCGGUGCGUCUGCUGCUGCUGCCGACGAAGGAGCGAGCAAGCCAGUCUACGGCGCCCAGUUCCCGCCACUGCAUCGCGGCGGCCUCGCCGGUGCGACAGGCAGCCAGUCCGGCAAUGGACCCAGCGGCUCAAGCAACGGCUCGCUGGGCGGCUCUGGCUCCGGCUCCGGCUCGGGCACUGGCACUGGGCUGUCCGGCGGCGCAUCGGGCGUCUUUGCGUCUGUGCUGCACGCCGUCAGCGGGGCCACGGCCAGCCUGCGCAGGGGCAACACCAAGCCCGCAGUGCCCUUCGACGACUUCCAGGACGCAGCUUGGAGCGCUGACACGCCCGGAACGCGGACUCCGUCACCCAGCACGACGUUUCCACCAAGCCACGUCAAUGCUGCCGCUCCUGCAUCGCCCGGAGCAGUUCGCAACAACCCGCCGUUCGCGACUGCUAGUGCCGCUGCUGGUGGCUCUGCAGGAGGUAAUGCAUCCACGGGCAGCGCAGCUCCACCGACCCCGAGUUCCUCCUCAGCGUCUGCAGCCGCCAGCAAGCCUCCCUCAAUUCCCUCGACGCCAACUGCGCGAGCGAAUCCCGCGCAGAUCACGAAUCCUGGUAGCAACCAGCCUCAUGCCUCUGGCCCUGCGACGACCGCCUCCGAGUCGGACGGGCGAGGGACCAUCUCACGCCAGCAGUCGAGCGACAGGCCUCCCAUUCCUCAAACGCCAGGCAAGGCUGGAUCUGCUGGAAGUCAGGCAGAGCUGUCGGCCGAGCGAAAGGCCGGGCGCUUGGAAAAGUUCCGUAAAGUGCUGGAGGCACCCAAUGUUGAUUUAGAUGCGCUUAAAAAGCUAAGUUGGUCUGGUAUUCCGAUUGAAGUGCGGCCGACCACCUGGCAGCUCUUAUCGGGCUACUUGCCUGCAAAUAGCGACCGGCGCGCUCAAACUAUCCAACGCAAGCGAGACGAAUAUCGUGGCUUUGUUCAGCUUUACUUUAGCGAGCAAAGCAAAAAGAACAACCAAGCCUUGUAUCGACAGAUUCAUAUCGACAUGCCCCGAACCAAUCCCGAUGUUGUCCUGUUCCAGAGCGAAAAAGUUCAAGAGAUCCUUGAGCGUAUUCUGUAUAUUUGGGCGAUUCGCCACCCUGCCAGUGGCUAUGUCCAGGGCAUGAAUGAUCUCGUUACGCCGUUUUUCACCGUUUUCUUGACGCCACAUGUUGGAGAUGCCGAUGUCGAGAGCUUUGAUAUCUCGUCUCUCCCGCAGGAAGCUCUAGACGUCAUUGAGGCAGAUUGCUUUUGGUGCUUGAACAAGUUCCUUGAUCACAUUCAAGAUUUUUAUACGCUUGCUCAAGUCGGAAUUCAGAAACAAGUCAUGCUUCUGAAGGAAGUUGUGACGAGAGUGGAUGCGCCAUUGAACGACUUUCUUCAGAGCCACGACAUUCAGUACUUGCAGUUCAGCUUCCGUUGGAUGAAUUGUUUACUGAUGCGCGAGCUUCCACACCGUUGCGUUGUCCGGAUGUGGGACACUUAUGUGGCCGAGGGAGAUAACUUUGCGCAGCUCCACCUGUACGUCUGUGCGGCAUUUUUGGUCAAGUUUUCGAAAGACCUUCGUUCCAAGACUGAUUUCCAAGAUGUCAUGCUGUUCCUUCAGUCUCUGCCCACCAACAAUUGGUCCAACGACGAGAUGGAGUUGCUCUUGUCCGAGGCAUUCAUGUGGAAGUCGUUAUUCCACAACGCACAAAGCCAUCUAGCUGCGACGCCUGCCAAAGGAGCCGUACUUCCUCAUGGUGCAGGAAUGCACUAACGUGUGUGUUUCACCAACGCACAGGGGAUUGAUCCUGUCAUUUUUAAUUUCAACACUUUGGAUGUUUUAUUUUUUUGUUCUUUUGUGACGAGAUAAUCAGUUCAGAAA